AUGGGAGAUUUCCUCGACGACGACUCGGUAUUCCGCGCUUUCAACGACCGGAGGCUAAACGCGGAAUCGCGGUUAACGGGCUACGUGUCGGUGGUACUGCUCGUCAUAGCUGGGUUAUACACUUGCUUCAAGGCACUGGAAUUCCUUGGAUACCCUGUCUGGUGGUGGAUUUAUAUGGCACUCGAAAGAGCGAAAAGCGUCGGUAUGAAUGGGGUUUCUUCUACGGUCGCUCCUUCCGCGGACGACGAUACGAAGAUGCAGAAUGGCGUAGGCAUACUGGGCAGAACUUUCGGGCUGAACAGCACCAGUCUGCUACAGAAGGGUGUACGGGGAGUAGCGGGUGCCUUGUCAAAAGGGCCCAGCGAUAUACCUCCGGGGCUGGGCAACUGGGACAACUCAUGCUAUCAGAACAGCGUCAUUCAGGGCAUGGCCUCACUUCCUUCAUUACGCGCAUACCUCGCCAAAGCAACGACGGAGUAUGACAGUCUCGAUAUCGAAUCAACGAACGGCGCUUUGUUCGAUAUGGUCACGAAGCUAAAUGACCCGCGAAACCACGGCCAGAACUUUUGGGUCCGAGGUAAACUCAAGAGCAUGAGCACAUUUCAACAGCAAGACGCGCAAGAGUAUUAUUCGAAGAUAUUGGAUGCGCUGGAGAAGGAGGUGCAACAAGAAGUGAAGAAGAGAAGGCCUAGUGACGCGUGGAUAGACGCUGCAAAGGUGGCUGCAAAGAGUGGAGAAGAUGUCUCUGAGGAGACUGUAAGCAGCUACAAGUCGACUGCGGGACAGAAAGAUGGUAGAACACUGUCAGAGCAGCCAAAGAGUAUCCCGAACCCCCUGGACGGACUGUUGGCUCAACGAGUUGGGUGCAUUAGAUGUGGUUAUGUUGAGGGUCUCCAGCUCAUUCCAUUCAACUGUGUCACAGUCUCGCUUGGUAGAAACGGUGCCUACGAUAUCCGCGAAUGUCUCGAUGACUAUACCGACCUGGAGCAAAUCGAGGGCGUUGAAUGUGCGAAAUGCACUCUUCUCAAAAACAAAGCUGCACUUGCACCGUUGGCGGAUCGUGCGCCGGCAUACGCAGAAAGGCUCCAAUCUGUAGAGAAUGCCCUCGAAAACGACGAUUUCGACGACAAGACGUUGGUCAAGAAUUUUAAGAUUCUCAAGAAGAACUGGACACAGAGCACAAAAUCGCGUCAGGCGGUCAUUGCUCGUCCGCCAAAGGCACUGGUGCUGCACGUCAACCGGAGUAUCUUCGACGAGAUGACCGGUGCGAUGUACAAGAAUUCCGCCAAAGUUUCGUAUCCGAGAGUGCUCGAUCUGGGAAACUGGUGUCUGGGCACAGACCUGGCUGGAGGAGAAUGGCCGAGGGAUCCGACGAAGUCAAUGCUCGGUGAUGCGAAUGCAGAGCCUAUGACAGACUCUCCAUACCAGUACCGAUUGCGAGCAGCCGUCACCCAUUACGGCAGCCACGGAAACGGACAUUACGUCUGCUAUCGGCCACAUGCUAAGACGCCUGCCCCGGAGGCUGCUACAGAUGAAGAGGAAGUUGCAGCUACUGGCGAGCAGUGGUGGCGUUUUAGCGAUGACUCUGUCUACGCUAUCCCGGAGGCGCAAGCUCAUCAAGGGAACAUCUUCAUGCUCUUCUACGAACGCAUAGAUGGCGGUUCUCCGGUUCCUGAUCAUAUGGAAGAAGCAACGCGGCAGACUAUCGUGGUAGCGGAGGAUAUCCCCCUACCUCCGGACGAUGCUCGAGUACCUCUAACAUUCAGCGACGAUGCUGCAGCAACGGUUCCACUACCGGAUGAUGAUGACUUACUUACAACAUUACGCACGAGUGAGGAGGGCCUUCCGAUUCCUGAAAGUACGGCGCUGCAUCUCGACGUCACCAGCAAUACUCAAGAAUCAGUUCUUUCUUCUGGUACAGACGGUUCUGAUGUAGACCCAACAGCACCUGUCGAAGCGAGAAAAACGAUGCCUGCGGAUGCCCAUGUCCCUUAUCUCACUCCAUCACCCGAAUCACCAUCAGCAACAACCUUCGACGACACCGAAACAUCAGAAGCAGGCUCUGAAGGUUCACCCUCGACACGAUUCACCUCGGAUGACGAAACAGACGUUCCUUCAUCAAAAGCACAUGUCAAGCUACCGCACAGUCCACAUCUGAUGCGUACGGCCGGUGAAUCUCCCAAUCGCGCUGGCGGCAGUAGAACAAGCCUGCCCAUGGUUACUGCGUAG